AUGGAUUGUAGCGAUGAACCUCCUGAUUGUGGAAGGCAGUGCUUUGAAUUUCGCUGUAAAAAUUUUCACUGUAUUUCGUAUGAUAAGAAGUGUAAUGGCGUUGAUGACUGUGGAGACGGAACAGACGAGGCAGGAUGUCAACAAAUUAGCAUAGUGAGACCGCAAUAUCGUUCGAUUUUUGAAAAGGAAGGAAAGUUCUUAUGCAGCAAUAUGGAGUGUGUCGAUCUACAACAGAUAUGUGAUGGGUACAAUAACUGUGGUGGCUGGUCCGACGAAGGAGUUCAUUGCAAAGUAGUAGAGUGUUCCCCGAGAUGUAACAGUAUGGACGGGGUGUGCAUAUCAAGACCCAUAUUAUCUGAGUGCGUGAUAGAAUGCCCUCCUGGAAUCUUUAAGACUUCAAAAGGAUACAGCUUUAAACCAGGAGUUCCAUUAACAUUCUUGGUGCUGUUUCAUGAAGAUAUGCCACGUCGUGAGAUAAGAUAUACAGUCAAAUUGAAAUUCCUGAAAUUUAAAGCGAUAAAGAUGAUCUCUAAAACUUUUGAAAUGGUUGUAGAAUGUAAAAAAAACAGCUUUAGUCUAUUAUCUGCGGUUAUUAAGAAAUCAGAUCAGACUGUUAAUAUUAGAAAAGUUGAUCGUCAUCGUGCAGCUACCAAUAUAAAAAAAGAAAUCAAACGAUAUUGGGACGCAGAUUUUUAUACAGUAGACUCAUAUAGUACUGAGACCGAAGAAAACGAAGAAGAAGAAGAAAAUACGCCAACUACAAAAUUAACCACCACAACUACGCCAUCGACUAUAACAACCAUAACUACACCCUCGACUAGAACAAUAGGAAUAAUGUCUUCAACCAUAAAUGCCACCAAAUCCACACCCAAGUCUACUAAAAUCACUACUACCCUAACGAAUACAACCAUUGCUAAACAAAACAUUUUCACGCCUACCAUCACUACAACUACUACUACAACCCCUCCGACUAUCACAAUCACAACUGACCCAACAUUUACCAUAACUACUCCUACGAGUAUCACAACCAAAACAACAAUCAAGACUACAACCACCACAGAUAUCCCAAUGAUUACCUCUACGACAAUCACAACUAUCCCUACGACUAGUACAACCACAACUACCCCCACGACUACCACUACCACACACACACCAACUUCUACUACUAACGGAACCACACCCACGAAUACCACUAUCACAACUACAGCCAAAUCGCCUUCCACACUUACACCUACCCCUAUGAUCACCACAACCACAACUAUCCCCACGACUACUACUACCAAACCCACACCAACUUCUACUACCACCGUAACCAUAGCCACGAAUGCCACUAUCACAACUACAGCCAAAUCGACUUCUACGCUUACUCAUACCCCUAUGAUCACCACAACCACAACUAUCCCCACGACUACUACUACCACACCUACACCAACUUCUACUACUACUGCAACCAUAGCCACGAAUACCACUAUCACAACUAUAGCCAAAUCGACUUCCACGCUUACACCUACCCCUAUGAUCACCACAACCACGACUAUUCCCACGACUACUACUAUCACACCCACACCAACUUCUACUACUACCGCAAGCAUAGCCACAAAUACCACUAUCACAACUACAGCCAAAUCGACUUCCACGCUUACACCUACCCCUGUUAUCACCACAACCACAACUAUCCCUACGACUACUACUACCACACCCACACCAACUUCUACUACUACCGCAACCAUACCCACAAAUACCACUAUCAUAACUACAGCCAAAUCGACUUCCACGCUUACACCUACCCCUAUGAUCAUCACAAACACAACUAUCACCACGACUAAUACUACCACACCCACACCGACUUCUACUACUACAGCAACCAUAGCCACAGAUACCACUAUCACAACUACAGCCAAAUCGACUUCCACGCUUACACCUACCCCUAUGAUCACCACAACCACAACUAUCCCCACGACUACUACUACCACACCUACACCGACUUCUACUACUACCGCAACCAUAGCCAGAGAUACCACUAUCACAACUACAGCCAAAUCGACUUCCACGCUUACACCUACCCCUAUGAUCACCACAACCACAACUAUCCCCACGACUACUACUACCACACCUACACCGACUUCUACUACUACCGCAACCAUAGCCACAGAUACCACUAUCACAACUACAGCCAAAUCGACUUCCACGCUUACACCUCCCCCUAUGAUCACCACAACCACAACUAUCCCCACGACUACUACUACCACACCUACACCGACUUCUACUACUACCGCAACCAUAGCCACAGAUACCACUAUCACAACUACAGCCAAAUCGACUUCCACGCUUACACCUACCCCUAUGACCACCACAACCACAACUAUCCCCACGACUACUACUACCACACCUACACCGACUUCUACUACUACCGCAACCAUAGCCACAGAUACCACUAUCACAACUACAGCCAAAUCGACUUCCACGCUUACACCUACCCCUAUGAUCACCACAACCACAACUAUCCCCACGACUACUACUACCACACCUACACCGACUUCUACUACUACCGCAACCAUAGCCACAGAUACCACUAUCACAACUACAGCCAAAUCGACUUCCACGCUUACACCUACCCCUAUGAUCACCACAACCACAACUAUCCCCACGACUACUACUACCACACCUACACCGACUUCUACUACUACCGCAACCAUAGCCACAGAUACCACUAUCACAACUACAGCCAAAUCGACUUCCACGCUUACACCUACCCCUAUGAUCACCACAACCACAACUAUCUCCACGACUACUACUACCACACCUUCACCAACUUCUACUACUACCGCAACCAUAGCCACAGAUACCACUAUCACAACUACAGCCAAAUCGACUUCCACGCUUACACCUACCCCUAUCAUCACCACAACCACAACUAUCCCCACGACUACUACUACCACACCCACACCGACUUCUACUACUACCGCAACCAUAGCCACAGAUACCACUAUCACAACUACAGCCAAAUCGACUUCCACGCUUACACCUACCCCUAUGAUCACCACAACCACAACUAUCUCCACGACUACUACUACCACACCUUCACCAACUUCUACUACUACCGCAACCAUAGCCACAGAUACCACUAUCACAACUACAGCCAAAUCGACUUCUACGCUUACACCUACCCCUAUGAUCACCACAACCACAACUAUCCCCACGACUACUACUACCACACCUACACCAACUUCUACUACUACUGCAACCAUAGCCACGAAUACCACUAUCACAACUAUAGCCAAAUCGACUUCCACGCUUACACCUACCCCUAUGAUCACCACAACCACGACUAUUCCCACGACUACUACUACCACACCCACACCAACUUCUACUACUACCGCAACCAUACCCACAAAUACCACUAUCAUAACUACAGCCAAAUCGACUUCCACGCUUCCACCUACCCCUAUGAUCAUCACAACCACAACUAUCACCACGACUACUACUACCACACCCACACCAACUUCUACUACUACAGCAACCAUAGCCACAGAUACCACUAUCACAACUACAGCCAAAUCGACUUCCACGCAUACACCUACCCCUAUGAUCACCACAACCACAACUAUCCCCACGACCACUACUACCACACCUACACCGACUUCUACUACUACCGCAACCAUAGCCACAGAUACCACUAUCACAACUACAGCCAAAUCGACUUCCACGCUUACACCUACCCCUAUGAUCACCACAACCACAACUAUCUCCACGACUACUACUACCACACCUUCACCAACUUCUACUACUACCGCAACCAUAGCCACAGAUACCACUAUCACAACUACAGCGAAAUCGACUUCCACACUUGCACCUACCCCUAUGAUCAUCACAACCACAACAACUCAUUCGACUACCACAAUUAUCUCUACGACUACUACUAACACAACCACAAAUACUCUCUCGACUACUAUAGCUACUACGAACACUACAAGCACAACUACUCCGACUAUAAAUACUUCUUCGACUAACAGCAUAACCACAGUUAGUCCUACAACUGCUAAAAUGAGAAUUACGCGCUCGACUACCUCAACUACGCCUACAACUACUACAAACAGAACUAUCCGUACGUCUUUCAUAACCAGUACCAUCCUCUCGAUUAACACAAUCACAACUACCACUACGAAUACCAUAACCACAACUAUACCUACGACUAGUAUAACCACAAUUACCAGAACUACAACCAUCCCCUCGACAUCUAUUUCCAAGAUUACUGCAACCACAACUACUCCUACGACAUAUAGAAGUUCUGAACAAGAUCACGGCAAAACAGAGAUAGACGGCCUUAAUACCGUUAUGAGAAGUAUUAUAUGGAAUAAAGCUAAAGUAGAACACAAAGUUCUCACAUCCACUAAAACUAUUCCAACGAUAACAUUUAUCAGAAUUACCCCCACGAGUACAGCAACCACAGGUAUUUUGACAAUUACUACAACUCCUGUGACUAUAUUAAGCAAAAUUUCAACAGCUCUAACCAGGAAAAAAACACCUACCUUUUUCAUUGCAACUAAAAAGAUUAAAAAAAACAGGAAACAUAGCAAGCGUCGUUGCAAGAAGCGUCGUUGCAAGAAGCGUCGUCACUCAAGUAUAUGGGAUUGGUAA